AAUCAAUGAUUUUAUUUAUUUUUAUUUAACUCUGCUCAUUCAUUCUCAAUAGAAAAAUUGGUCGAUAAGUUAGGUGAACAUGCCUCGAUCCUUCUCUGUAGUUGUAAUAUGUUUUCAACUUAUAGUAUUGGUCCAGGGUGCUAAACGGUUCCACUUGGGCCGUAGUAAAGGAGGCAAUUUAGGUGAACCGGCGGGAAUUAGUGGCGUAAAGCUGCCCCCAGCGCAAUGGUUCAUCCAAAAGCUGGACCACUCUCGCCCUACAGAUACCAGAACUUGGAAACAGCGCUACUUUGUCAAUGAUAGUUUCUAUGACUUCAAUAAUCCUGGGCCUAUUUUCUUGAUGAUCGGCGGUGAGGGCCCCGCGAGUGCCAAAUGGAUGGUGCAAGGAGCUUGGAUAGAAUAUGCUAAACAGUUUAAUGCUUUAUGCAUCCAGUUGGAGCAUAGGUACUAUGGAGAGAGCCACCCUACAAUGGAUCUCAGUACAAAAAACUUGUUAUACUUGUCUUCACACCAAGCUCUCGCCGACUUAGCAAACUUCAUAUCAGCAAUGAACGACAAGUACAAGUUUAACAGAGAGGUGAAAUGGAUUGCCUUCGGUGGAUCGUACCCUGGAUCAUUAGCUGCUUGGCUCAGGCUGAAGUAUCCACAUUUAGUACACGCAGCAAUUUCUUCCAGUGGACCACUGUUGGCCAAAGUUAACUUUAUGGAAUACUUCCAAGUUGUCGUGAAUUCUUUACGCGAAAAAACCGGCGAUGAGGACUGUGUUACUCGAGUGAAAUUAGCACACCAACAAAUCGAAACAUUCCUUAAGACGGAUCCCGCAAUUAUCGAAAAAGAGUUCAAAGUAUGCAAACCGUUCUCAAAAGCUUCGGAAAACGAUAUGAAGAAUUUCUAUAGUUCCAUAGCUGACGAUUUUGCCGAUCUUGUUCAGUACAACGAAGACAAUCGCAUCAGCGACAAACGACGCAAAACCACUACAAUCAAUUCGGUGUGCAGUAUGCUAACGCAGCAUCCCGAGAAGCCUGAAUACCAAAAGUUGGCCGAAUUCAACUCUAUAGUUCUAGAAGAAUCUGACGAGACGUGUUUGGACUAUGAUUAUAGCAAAUUGAUUAAUGGGCUUAGAAAUGUCUCUUGGAGUUCGGAACAGGCGGAAGGAGGUCGUCAAUGGAUGUAUCAAACUUGUACAGAGUUCGGUUUCUAUCAGACAUCAUCGGGCGAAGUCGAAGUAUUUGGCAAUCAAUUCCCACUAGAUUUCUUCAUACAACAAUGCCAAGACGUCUUUGGCACUAAAUUUAACGCGGAGUUCGUAAGCGCGGGCGCCGAGUGGACCAACCGAGCGUACGGCGGCCUGGAUAUCGCCGCCGGGCGGGUCGCGUACGUGCACGGGUCGGUCGACCCUUGGCACGCUCUCGGCAUGACCACCACGCAGGACAACGAUGCGCCUGCUAUCUUCAUUGAAGGUACAGCGCAUUGCGCGAACAUGUAUCCACCGAGCGCCAACGACUCAACGAAACUGGUCGCAGCUCGCGUCGAGAUCCAGAGCUAUAUCGGCUCGUGGCUGAACCUUCCUUGACCCUCGGGUGUGACGAGGCUCUGAGGAGGAACGUUCCGCGUCAUGUGGGGGCGGCGGAAACGACGGCGUAUUUAAAAGCUUCUCUAAUCCAAGGCUCCCAACUUCUUCGACGGUCCUCCUAACGCUUUAUAGAUUUAUUUUCUCAUUGCGUUUAUUUAAGCUCAGUGUUUCCAUAACUGUUCCUUUGUAGUAGAUUCAAGAUUGUAUUUGUAGUGUUAAGUAAAUAAGUGCGCAUUUGUGUCUCAAAUGAAUGAAAUCGUUCGCAAUUGGGGUUAGACCGGACAGAAAACACCCGGGUGCGUUGCUAAUUUUUGUAAUGAGGUUUGUAUCUUGUGUUUGGAUUAUUUUUAUCGUCGAGAGUCGUUUGUUUUGCCUUAAACGGAGGAAGAUGAAUGCUUUACCAACUUUACGCAGAUAUUCUAGGCUCAGCCGAAUCCGUCUAGAUUUGAAACGCGGGGGGGGCCUGACGGUAGGGUGGGGGCUAUGGGAAUGGGACUAAAGGGGUCAACAUCGGUAUAGCCCGGGAGGAAAGGGAGACUAGGCAAUUUGAACACGAGUAUAUUGUACGCAUGUUGGUUCUGAAUUUUUCAGAAGUAAAAUGAAAAAAUAAGCCGCUACGCGCUAGGGUGUAUUGGAGUAACUCAACAAAACUUGUUAAUUAAACUUUACUUUCUUCAUUUUCACAUAAUCCCUUCUAAACUUAUUAGCACAUCUAUUUUCUCUGUUAUACUAACCUAUAUUUUUUAUAAUUACAGUUUUAAUUAUUUAUCAUGAUCGUCGAAUACACAAGUUUAAAUUAAUACAAGAUAAUUUAAUGAUUACUUAGAAUAUGGUUUACGCAUUAUUGGUCUGACGCAAAAGACAAAUUUCUUUACAGUGCUUUUCUUGUUUAGAUUGUUGAUAUGUUGAGGAACUUUAUAGAGAAAAAAUGCACCAUUUGACGAUAUAUCUAAACUUGACUGUGACUGACAUAAAUGCGCAUUUAUCAAAUAGUAGUAACAAACCAACAUUUGCCAAUUCUGGCUAUUAAACAAAAUUGUCUUGCAAUGAGGAUAAUGAAUGUCUAACAUCUCAGAAAGCACGGAGGUUUCAGUUUAUUUGUCUUGUAUACAUUGAAAAACGUUUUCACAUAUGAAAUACGGCAUAUUUCACAUAAUAAAACGGCAUCAACUAAAGGCCUAACUCGAUAAAGUAACCAAUUAAAAAAAAUAUCUCCUUACAAUCAUGCUUACAAA